AACUCCUGUGAGGAUUCUACUAGCACCACGCCCAUUUUCUUCAUUUUGUCACCUGGUGCUGAUCCUGUGAAGGAAGUAGAGUCAAUGGGCAAAAAGAGGCCAGAGGGAUUGACCUUAGGAACGAACUAUUGGAAUGUAGCCAUGGGUCAGGGGCAGGACGUUGUGGCCAUGGCCAAGCUGGACAUUGGACACAGAGAGGGUCACUGGGUUAUGCUUCAGAACAUUCACCUUAUGCCAAAGUGGUGCGUGGAGCUUGAGAAAAAGCUGGAUGUGUUCGCCAUUGAGAACAGCCAUCCUAACUUCCGCCUUUUCCUCUCUGCAGACCCCAGCAAGGGCAUCCCAAUUGGUAUUUUGGAGCGUUCCAUCAAGUUGACGAACGAGCCGCCUCAGGGCAUGCUGGCCAAUCUCCGACGAUCCUUUGCGCUGUUCCCCAAGGAGGACUUUGAGGACAAGGAUGCCAAGGUGAAAUCGAUCUUGUUUGCUUUAUGCCACUUCCACUCCUUGAUGUUGGAGAGGAAGAAGUUUGGCCCGAUGGGGUACAACAUGAUGUAUCCCUUCUCAGCAGGCGACUUGCGAGAUUCUGCCCAAGUCCUCUACAACUACUUGGAAGGCUCCUCAGCGGUGAAAAUUCCGUGGGAUGAUUUGCGGUACAUCUUUGGCGAGAUCAUGUAUGGAGGGCACAUUGUCGAUGACUGGGACCGGCGAAUGUCUCAGAAGUACUUACUGUACUUCAUGCGAGAUGAGCUGCUGGAUGAGAUCGACAUGAUCCCCUACGCAGAGGGAAAGCUGUCUUGGCCUUCGCCGCAGCCCGCAGCACAUGAGCGCUACUUGGAGCACAUUGAGAGUAUGCCAGCCGAGUCGCCACUGUUCUUCGGAAUGCAUCCGAAUGCUGAGAUCAACUUCAGAACAGCGGAAUGCGACAAGGUCUUUGAUUUGCUGACGAUGCUGACAGGUGGAUCGGGUGGUGGCGAGGGUGAUGAUGAUGCAUCGAUGAGCCCCAUGGCCAUCGCACAGAUGACCUGUGAUGAGAUUCUGGAGGAGGUGAAUGAAAAGCGAUUCCCCACAGAUGAUGUGAGCCGUGGCAUGACAGACGAUGACAAGGGUCCAUAUCAGUUCGUGUUCCUGCAGGAGUGCGAGUAUAUGAAUGCUUUGCUCUACGAAAUGGUCAAGGGCUUGCAGGAACUUCAGCUUGGCUUCAAAGGUGAGCUGACCAUGAGCGAGAAUAUGGAGGACAUGGCGCAAUGCCUCUACUCCGAGAAGUUGCCACACUGGUGGGUAAAGCUGGGCUUCGCCUCUACGCGGCCCCUGAAGUCGUGGCGUGUGAACCUCCAGGAGCGCUAUCAGCAGUUGGAUGAUUGGAUCAAUGAUCCUCUGAACAUCCCGAAGGUGGUUGACAUCUCCAAGCUCUUCAAUCCUCAAAGUUAUCUGACUGCUAUCAAGCAGAUUUGCUGUCAGAAUCAGGGACUGGAGCUGGACAAGUUGCAGGUCUUUACGGAAGUGACAAAGAAAGAGCCCAAACAGAUAGAAGGGCAAUGCAAGGAUGGGGCCUAUGUUUCUGGCAUGUAUCUUGAAGGAGCUCGCUGGGAUAUGACAUCGAAUUCUCUGGAAGACUCCAAACCGAAGGAGAUGUUUACAGCCAUGCCUGUGAUCACAUGCAAGGCUGGUAUGGCCAGCGAGAAGGCGGACAAGAACAUCUACAUUUGCCCCACCUAUUGCGUCCCCACACGGCGGCCCUACUUCGUGUUCGCCGCCCAGCUGCGGACCAAGGCGCCGGCCGACAAGUGGGUCCUCGCAGGAGUGGGGAUGAUCUUGGACAUCGGCAUCUAGUAGUCUAGUGAAGGUGUGCCACGAAGGGCACUGAGUUGGACACUUUCGAAGUCGCUGCGCGCGGAGGUCUUGUACAGGAACUGGACCUGUCCUUAGCGCAGAGGGUUCCCUCCACGAAGUUUUAUCGACC